AACGCAUCUCGUUUUUUUAAUUAAAGAAAAACACAUGAAAAAUAAUUAAACAGGGUUCAGAUUCAAUCUUCUUUUCACUCUUGUUAUAUAAGAAACGUGUUCAACCAUGAUUUCUUGGCAGCCCUGAGCAUUUCUUCACUCAAAGCCGCCAUGGACGAGGAGAGUCUCAAGUUGUCUUUAAUCCAUAACAACAGCAAUGGCAACCCUGAAGAAUUUGACGGAGAUCUUCCGGUCAUCAAAGGAUGGAGAGGCCUGCUCCAAGCAAGCGGGAAAGAAUCAAAGAAGCUAUGGUACCUCGCAGGCCCUGCAAUUUUCACCUCCAUCUGUCAGUACUCACUCGGAGCCAUCACACAGACCUUCGCCGGUCAUAUCGGGGAUCUCGAAUUAGCCGCCGUUUCAAUCGAAAACUCUGUAAUCGCUGGCCUCUCAUUCGGCAUCAUGCUUGGAAUGGGCAGCGCGCUGGAGACUCUGUGCGGGCAGGCCUUCGGAGCGAAGCAACUCAGAAUGCUGGGAGUUUAUAUGCAGCGGUCUUGGGUCAUAUUGCUGACCACGGCCUGCCUGAUGACCACGAUUUAUGUGUGGUCGGCGCAGAUUCUGAAGCUGAUAGGGCAAGAAGAUGAUAUUGCAGAACUGGCGGGGAAAUUCGCACUGUGGAUGCUGCCGCAGUUGUUCGCUUACGCCAUGGUUUUUCCGCUGGCGAAGUUUUUGCAGGCGCAGAGUAAGGUGAUGGCCAUGGCGGUGAUUGCUGGCGUGGCAUUGGCAUUCCACGUGCUGUUCAGCUGGUUGCUUAUCUUUAAGUGGGGGUGUGGCCUCUGGGGAGCAGCCCUAGUGCUGGAUCUUUCAUGGUGGAUCAUUGUGUUAGCACAGCUGGGUUACAUACUCAGCGGCACCUGUAACGAGGCUUGGGGAGGUUUCAGCUGGGCUGCUUUCCACAACCUUGGGGCUUUCGUGCGCCUUUCAUUGGCAUCUGGAGUAAUGUUGUGUUUGGAAGUUUGGUAUCUCUACCUUCUAAUACUUUUGGCUGGCUACCUUAAAAAUCCAGAAAUUUCCGUAGAUGCCAUUUCUAUAUGCAUGAAUCUAAUGGGGUGGGAGAUGAUGGUAUCUUUGGGAUUCAAUGUUGCCAUCAGUGUAAGAGUUUCAAAUGAAUUGGGAGCUGGGCAUCCAAGAGCUGCAAAAUUCGCAGUGCUUAUUGUUCUUGUAACAAUGUUUAUGAUAGGGGUGAUUCUAAUGGUUGUGAUCUUCAUUACAAGGAAUGAAUUUGCAGUUGCAUUUACUAGUAGUGAAGUAGUCAUGAAAGCAGUUUCGAAGCUUGCAACUCUACUAGCUUUUACCAUGCUUUUAAAUAGCAUACAACCUGUUUUUGGAGGUGUGGCAGUAGGAGCAGGUUGGCAGGCUCUAGUGGCCUACAUUAAUUUAGCAUCUUAUUACAUUUUUGGAGUUCCUCUUGGCUGCUUGUUGGGAUACUAUUUUGAUUUUGGAGUGAAGGGAAUUUGGGCUGGUAUGAUUAGUGGAACUACCCUACAAACAAUUAUUCUGUGUAUUAUUACAUAUAAGACUAAAUGGAAUCGAGAAGCUUCUCAAGCUAUAGAGAGGAUCAAAGUGUGGGGAGGGAGCGAUUGACAUCUAAGUUGCAAUCAAUCAGUAAAGACCACAAAUUUUUCUUUCCACAUUUGAAGCGGGUAUUGCGAUAAUGACAUCAUACUUGUGGUCACGUUAAAAUGUUUGCUUGACACUUUUUUUUUAAACGACUAUCAUAUUUGUGAUUGUAAUUUUGGGAUGACAACAAAAUGGGAAACGAUUAUGAAUUAUGUCC